AGAGCUCAGCUGACUCAGCCAUUCAGUUCAUGUCACUGAGUAACUGUUUAGAAAAAAAUAACAAAGCAAUAAAUCAAUUUACACACUUAAUGUUUCAAAUUUAAGCUUAAUUAUACAAACCUAAUUAUUAUUUAGCGAUGGCAGAGAUUUCCUGGCCUUGGCAGUAUAAUUUUCCUCCAUUUUUUACGUAAGUAAAUUUGUUUUAUUGCCAAACAAAGUUUUUUUGCAUUCUUAAAAUGAGUUUUCGAUAUCAAUGGAAAUACGUUAACGAAGGAAACGUUCACGUUGUCCUACAAAUAUUGGAAAGCAACUAUGUCCUUCGUCUUAUUAAAGAAGACGAUAAUCAAAUAAAAAAAGAUUAUGUUUGUGAAUCUGUUGAAUUCGUCAACUUGGUUAUGAUACCAUUGAUAUUUUGCGAUAGAAGGUAUCAAGAAGAAGUUAUAGAAAUUUCAUCUGAAGAAUUAGUUCAAUUGACUGAAAAAAUGUUCGAGCUUCGUCCCAAAAACAGAAUAAAUAAGUCAAUCUUAAGUACAAUAGCAAUAAAAGCUCCUAAUUUAACAAUGAUUUCUUUAAAAACCGAAAACUUUUGCAUAGAAAUCAAACCAAAAGAAGGAUUUCUUGCAAAUAGUCUCAAAAAAUCUUCAAAAUGUUAUUAUUGUUUAAAACAGAUAUUGAAAUUCAAAGAGAAACAAAUUGUUCACCUAAGUAAUUAUUGCCCUUUAGAUCUUUUUUCUGGUAAUAAAGAAAGAAUGAAGUUUGCGUUACGAAGCUUGAUAGAAAGUCCUCAAAAUAAUUUUAAAGUUUUUAAGAAUGGGGCACUGAUUUAUCAAGAAACAUCACAAUAUAAGGGUUUUGAAGAUAUAUUAAAACAAUUAAAUUUUUUUAGCAAUUCUAGCAAUUUGUUUCUAGAUUUUAUUAUAGAAAUAUUACUGAGUGAUGGUAAAUCAGAUAUUAAUGUAUUAGAAAGUAGUAAAACAGCAAACCAAAUAAAAGCUGAAAAUUGUAAUAAAGAGAGUAACUUGGAGAAUAACUCAUUUUUACAUAACCUUCUGUACUUGCAAAAACUAUCAGAGAAUUUCAAUUCCAAUGUCAACUUACAUGACAGAGAUACUAAUUAUGUCCAUUCUGUUUUAAAUGAAAUAAAGUCACAGAAACUUGAUUUAACAAAUAAAAGCCACAGGGAUAUAGUUUUUGCUACUUGGGACCCAAUGCGCUUAGCACUCAUAUCUGCCAUUGUCAAGGAUUGCUCUGUAAUGAUUAGUUUUACGAAUGACACUAAUAAUCAGUUCCCCAAAGUAUUGAUUGGUGAUAGUAAACUUUCAUACAACCUGGGUGUAACUGACUUGGAACCAAAAAUGGCUAAAGUGUUACUGAAGAGAAAACAUACUGAGAAAAAACUGCUUGAUAUAUAUGCUAUGAUUGCUAAAACACCUGAAUAACCAUUUUAAUUCAACCUCAUGGCGAAACAAGAGCUAAGCAAUUAGAGGCAUGGCAACAGCUAAUAUCAGAAUACCUUAAAGCAACAAAACAAUCAACUAUAGAUAUAAGAGAAUCGCAAAAUAGUCCAUUAUUUAAUAACACUGCAAUAAACAGAAAACUAUCUCAGGAGUCUUUACUCACUAUUUUAGAAGAUAUGGCCAAAACUGGCAGAGCAGCACCUGUAGAUAAGAGCAAAAAUGUUUGGGAAGUGUACUGGCACUCCCUGGACGAAUGGGGCAAUAUGCUGUACAAUUGGGCUAGUAGUAAUGGUUUAAAUAAUACUGUUUGCACUUUAUAUGAACUGCGGGAAGGCGAAAAUACUGUGGGUGAAGAGUUCCAUGGCCUGGACCUAAAUGUUUUGGUGAAAGCACUUAAAUCGCUAGAAGUAAGAGGCAAGUGUGAAUUGAUUGAAUUUGAUGAUAAUCAAGGUGUCAAGUUCUUUUGAUCAAUUUUAAAUUGUUAUUGCUCCUUUUCACUGGUUGAUGCCCAGCAUUCAAGGAUUUUGCGGAGGUAGUAUCAGUGAUAUUCAGCCGAUACAUCCUGUACACAUUGGGACCCCCAUGUAUUCAAGAUAUGGUCAAUGAAAUUAGAUAUUCCCAGUAGUUUUACCAAGUUGCCUUACAAGUAAAAUUACUGGCAAUUUUCUUCCCAGUAUACUUAACUUGUCAGAUCACUGGGGAAGAAAAUUGCCAGUUGUCCUACUUUAUAAAACAGAUGGAAUUUUUUAUCAGUGCCUAUACUUCAAUUUUUUUUUGUCAAAAUUAUACAGUUGGUAAGUUCUACUUGGUAACUUGGUAAGACUACUGGGAAUACCCCAAUGAAAUGCCCUGAUCGGUGUACGGCAUGCAGGGACUACCAGCCACUCGACUGGGUGCACCAAUGAGUUUUCAUUUCUACCUAGUCAUGCGUUCCUGGUAUAAUGUUUUAUUGUACGACGUGUUUUUUUUUUAUAAACAAUAAACAAUGCCAUAGAGCAAUAAAGUUUUGCCUGCGACUUGAAAAAUGCGUUCCGAUCAACCAAUGAAAAUGCGCCCUUAGGUUGGUAACUUAAUAUAUUUAUUAUUGUAAGUACAUUUUAUUUAGAUAUGGAAAUGUUGAAUGCAUUUUGUUAAGUUAUAACUAUUUUGUAAUGUUGAAAUAUAUUAUAAUAUUGCUUGAUAUUUUUAUUCUGUAUGGUUUGCUUAUAAACUCACCAUACCCUCUCAAAUCUAGUCAAGUCUCAAAUAUAGUGUUUUAUAACCCUAAGCUAAACCACACUAAACAUAUCUAAGUACUGAGGACCACAAAAUCCGAUCCGAUCCGAUCCGAUGUACAUAUUUAAAGAUGUCUGUAUUUUUAACUGACUUCAAAAAAGGAGGAUGUACUCAAUUCGACUGUAUUUUUUAAUGUCAGAACUUUUUUCUAGGUGAGCCGAUUCUUUUUUUAUUUGAAAGCUGGUGCUUCUCAUAUGGUCCCAUAUAAAUUUGAUCAAGAUCUAACAAGUAGUUUUUGAGUUAUUCUUAAUAAUGCGUAUUUAAUUGACUUCGGCUACUUUAAUGAUGUUCUCGUUUUAUUUAUAUUGAAAUCGGUUGUACAAAAUUUUAAAUUUUACUACUUGUUUUAUACAAUCGUAUAAAACAAGUAGUAAAAUUUAAAAUUUAUGUAUGUCGUGGCUUAGUUAACUUUUUCGCCUUGCAUAUCUAUCUAGAGAAAAAUUCGUUUAUUGUUGAAGUAUCAUAUACGUACGUAGUACAUAUAUUACUAAUGUCUCCAAAACAAUUUAAUUUGACGCUUUAUUGCAUAAGUUAGAGUGAGAAGUUUUAAAGCGACUUUUAGUGACACUACAACUUAAAAAAAAAAUGAAAAAAAUAAAGAAAUAAAUUCCGUAUCUUACCUAGAUUGAAGAGCACCUCCCGCCCACCCUCAAUUGCGUGCACUAUCCCCGUCACCACUAAUCCCAGCACCACUACACUAGGAAAGACACACCACUGACGACAAUACGACACGUGUUUCGUCUCUACAUGAGGCGUCAUCAGGUGAAGUAGACUGCGGUGGUUGACCGCUAAGUGAGUAAAUGAUUUUAAUGAUACAAUCGUGUAUCAUGUAACUUUCUUUUUUAUUUCAUAAAUUAAUUAUUUUAAAAACUAGGUAUGUACUGUCAUAAAUUACUAAAACUGUCCAUUUAUACCGCCGCACUGUUAUUAAACAUCCAAUAAACAAAUUUAACUAAUAUAUAAUAUAUAC